AUGAAUUUUGAAGCAUCUUUGAUUCAAUGUAUCAAAACUAAUGAUCCCAAAGGAAUUGAAGCUUUAGGCCUAACAUCAGCUAAUGUCGAUGAUAUUAUAGUACAUAAGUUUGAAGUACCAAAUAAAGAAUUAUUAAAUGGAGUUUUAAUUCCAAGAUAUCCAACGCCAUUAGUAUAUGCCAUAUUAUGCAGGAAAUUAGAUGUUGUUAUAAAAUUAAUCGAAUUAAAAGCUAAAAUCGACUUAGAAGUUAAUGGUUGGAAACCAAUUCACUACGCUGUUGCUACAAAUCAACCCUCAAUUGUACGAUAUAUUAUAGAAUACGAUACCGAGCAACUCGAAGCAACUACAAACCUUGGAACAACACUUCUUCAUCUUGCUGUUUCUACAAAUUCAUUAGAAUUAGUUGAUUACUUGCUCAUUAGUGGAGCUAAUCCAAAUAGUCAAAAUUUAGUUGGAAAUUCUACAUUUCAUUUUGCUGCACUACUUCAUCAACCAAAUAUCAUCCGUACUUUACUUGCUUUUUCUGCCGAUCCAGAAAUCAAAAAUAAUGCUGGUGUUACACCAAUAGAUAUUGCAAAUUCAAAGCAAAAUUCAUUGUUUUUAGAAAUAAUUAAAGAAACUCCACUAGAUUUAGAAGUAAUUAUGAAAGAAUAUCAUCAAAUCUUAGCUAAUAAGGAAGAAGAGGCUAAAAUUGAACCGGCUGCGGAUCCAGGAGCAGUUGAAGAAAGAAUCAAAUCAUUAUCCAAGAGGAUUGCAGAUAUCGAGCGUGCUGUAAACAAGGAAUGA